AUGGAAUUUAGCAUCAAAAAAGGUGCUUUUUCCGCUCAGAAAGUGGUCAAGUACCUAAGGAUGAAGCAGGCGCCGGAAAUCCUCGGCAGCUCGGCCGGGAAGCCAGCGGGCUGCGAGGUGGGCCGUGAGUGCUCCGUGUUCCUGGGCAAGGCCUCCCUGCAGGAAGGCGUCAUGCCGAAGUUCAACGGCCACGACCCACUGCCCUUCCUCCCGGCGGAGAAGCUGAAAGACCUGACGUCCCGCGUGUUCAACGGCGAGCCCGGCGCCCACGACGCCAAGCUGCGCUUUGAGGCCCAGGAGACGAAGGGGGCCGAGACCCCGCCGCACACCACCCCCGUCAAAAACGGCUCUCCGGAGAUCAAACUGAAAAUCACCAAGACCUACAUGAACGGGAAGCCGCUCUUCGAGUCUUCCAUCUGUGGAGACGGCGCUGCGGCCGGGGCCCAGGCGGAAGGAGAUGGACAGGAGCCGGAGGGCAAGGCGAGGCGGAGCAGGAAGAGGAGCAUCAAGUACGACUCGGUGCUGGGGCAGGACCUCGUCGAAGCCGCUGAGGGGGCCGAGGUCGCCAGUCCCUCCGACAGGAAGAUUCCAGCUAAGAAAGAGCCCUGCCCCAGCACGGGCAGAGACAGAGACCACCUGCUGAGAUUCAGCGUGGGCGACUUGGUGUGGGCCAAGGUGUCCGGCUACCCCUGGUGGCCCUGCAUGGUGUCCGCCGACCCACUCCUGCACAGCUACACCAAGCUCAAAGGUCAGAGGAAGAGCGCGCGCCAGUAUCACGUCCAGUUCUUCGGCGACACCCCCGAGAGAGCGUGGAUAUUCGAGAAGAGUCUGGCGGCGUUCGAAGGAGAGGAGCAGUUUGAGAAGCUGUGCCAGGAGAGUGCCAGGCAGGCGCCCACCAAGGCGGAGAAGAUCAAGCUGCUGAAGCCCAUUUCAGGGAAGUUGAGGGCCCAGUGGGAGACGGGCCUCCUGCAAGCAGCCGCCGCAGCUGCCAUGCCGGCCGAGGAGCGGAGAGCCAAGUUCACCUUCCUGUAUGUGGGCGGCCAGCUGCACUUGAACCCUCACGCGGCCCGGGAGGCGGGCCUGGCUGUGGAGGUGCCCGGGGCUGCGCUGGGGCCCACAGAAGUCCCCGGAGGGGCCGCUGGGGAUCCCGGGUCCUGGAGCGAAGAGGGCGGCCCUAUCAGGAGAAGGCGGAGAGCCAGGCUGGGAGGUGCUGCCGAGAGCCAGGACGGUGGUCCUGGCGCAGGGACCGUGACUCCUCCAGAGGCGGCUGAGGCCAGCUCCCAGCGAGGCCUGGGGUCUCCGCCCCGGAGGAGGAAGGCCGCGGGCUCCACGCUGCGCGGAAGGAAGGGCGACGCUGCGUCCCAGUUCCUGGUCUUCUGCCAGAGGCACCGGGACGAGGUGAUGGCUGAGCACCCCGAUGCCUCCAGGGAGGAGAUCGAAGAGCUGCUGGGGUCACAGUGGAACAUGCUGAGUGAGAAGCAGAAAGCCCGCUACAACACCAAGUUUGCCGUCCGGGCAGCGUCCCCCUCCGAGGAAGACUCUGGUAACGCACACGGGAGAAGAAGAGCCCUCCCGAAGAGGACUCAGGACCCUGCGGGAGACGCUGAGCGGGAAGAGACACCCAGGAAGAGGCUCCGGGCGGACAAGCAGGGUCUCCGGAAGAGAGAGACAGUUGCAGACAGAACAUCCCGAACAGGCUCCUGCAAGGCCGCAGAGGCCGUGUCCUUCCUGAAGAGCCAGGCAGCAACCAAGCACCUGUCUGACGCGUGCAAACCGCUGAAGAAGCGGAGCCGGACACCUGCAGCCGCGUCCUCGGCGCUCGCCUUUAGCAAGAGCUCGUCUCCCUCUGCCUCCUUAACCGAGAACGAGGUCUCGGACGGCAUGGGCGAUGAGCCCUCGGAGUCCCCGGACGAAAGUGCAGAUGAAGCUCAGACCGAAGUGUCCGUGUCCUCAAAGAAGUUGGAGCGAGGCCUGACAGCCAAGAAGGAGCACGUGUGCCAGCUGUGCGAGAAGCCCGGCCGCCUCCUGCCCUGCGAGGGCGCCUGCUGCGGCGCCUUCCACCUCGCCUGCCUCGGGCUGCCCCGGCCGCCGGAACGGGGCUUCGUCUGCAGCGAGUGUGUCUCAGGGAUCCACUCGUGCUUCGUGUGCAAGGAGAGCACGGCAGAGGCCAGGCGCUGCGCGGUGCCGCAGUGCGGGAAGUUCUACCACGAGGCCUGUGUGCGCAAGUUCCCCCUGACCGUGUUCGAGGGCCGCGGCUUCCGGUGCCCGCUGCACAGCUGCGUGAGCUGCCACGCCGCCCACCCCUCCAGCUCGCGUGCCACGAAAGGGAAGAUGCUGCGGUGUGUGCGCUGCCCCGUCGCCUACCACGGCGGGGACGCCUGCCUGGCGGCCGGCUGCCUGGUGCUCACGCCCCACAGCAUCGUCUGCACGGCCCACUUCACCGCGCGGAAGGGGAAGCGGCACCACGCCCACAUCAACGUGAGCUGGUGCUUCGUGUGCUCCAAAGGAGGGAGCCUGCUGUGCUGCGAGUCCUGCCCGGCGGCCUUCCACCCCGACUGCCUGAGCAUCGACAUGCCCGACGGCAGCUGGUUCUGCAACGACUGCCGGGCGGGGAAGCGGCUGCACCACCAGGACAUCGUGUGGGUCAAACUCGGCAACUACAGAUGGUGGCCCGCUGAAGUCUGCCAUCCCAAAAAUGUCCCCCCAAAUAUUCAGAAAAUGAAGCACGAGAUUGGAGAAUUCCCUGUGUUUUUCUUUGGGUCUAAAGAUUAUUACUGGACGCAUCAGGCUCGAGUGUUCCCGUACAUGGAGGGGGACCGGGGCAGCCGCUACCAGGCGGUCAGCGGGAUCGGCAGAGUCUUCAAAAACGCACUGCAAGAAGCAGAAGCGCGUUUCCGUGAAAUCAAACUGCAGCGGGAAGCCAGGGAGACGCAGGAGAGCGAGCGGAAGCCCCCGCCCUACAAGCACAUCAAGGUGAACAAGCCCUACGGGAAAGUGCAGAUCUACACGGCCGACAUCUCCGAGAUCCCCAAGUGCAACUGCAAGCCCACGGACGAGAGCCCCUGCGGCCCGGACUCGCAGUGCCUGAACCGCAUGCUCAUGUUUGAGUGCCACCCGCAGGUGUGCCCCGCCGGCGAGGCCUGCCAGAACCAGAGCUUCAGCAAGCGCCAGUACCCCGAGACCAAGAUCGUGCGCACCGACGGCAAGGGAUGGGGCCUGGUGGCCACACGGGAUAUCCGCAAGGGGGAGUUUGUGAACGAGUAUGUGGGCGAGCUGAUCGACGAGGAGGAGUGCAUGGCCCGGAUCAAGCGCGCGCAGGAGAACGACAUCACGCACUUCUACAUGCUCACCAUCGACAAGGACCGCAUCAUCGACGCCGGCCCCAAAGGGAACUACUCCAGGUUUAUGAACCACAGCUGCCAGCCCAACUGCGAGACCCUCAAGUGGACGGUGAACGGCGACACGCGUGUGGGCCUGUUUGCCGUGUGUGACAUCCCCGCAGGGACGGAGCUGACGUUCAACUACAACCUGGACUGUCUGGGCAACGAGAAGACCGUGUGCCGGUGCGGCGCCCCCAACUGCAGCGGCUUCCUCGGGGACAGGCCGAAGACGUCCACGGCGCUGUCCGAGGACAAGGCCAAGAGGACGCGGAAGAAAGGCCGCCGGCGCCGCGCCAGAGGCGAAGGGAGGAAGCCGUCGGAGGACGAGUGCUUCCGCUGCGGCGACGGCGGGCAGCUGGUGCUGUGCGACCGCAAGUCCUGCACCAAGGCCUACCACCUGUCCUGCCUGGGCCUGGGCAAGCGGCCCUUCGGGAAGUGGGUGUGCCCGUGGCAUCACUGUGACGUGUGCGGCAAGCCCUCGGCCUCCUUCUGCCACCUGUGCCCCAAUUCCUUCUGCAAGGAGCACCAGGACACGGCCGCCCUGCGCUCGGCCGCCGACGGGCGCGCCUACUGCUGCGAGCACGACGUGGAGACCGAGUCCGGGGCAGGGGCCGAGGCCCAGAGCCCCUUCCCCGAGCCCAGGAGGCCCCAGGGCAGGCGGCGGCGGCGGCGGUGCUGGCGGAGGGUCACGGAGGGCAAAUAG